AAGACGAGUUAUGUUAAGAAAAAAAUAUUGUAACUUUUCAAUUAUAAUUUUUUCUUGUUUUGGUUAAUAAAGGCAAUAUUUUUAAACUUAUUAAUGCAUGGCGUUUUAAAGAGAGAUUUUUCUUAGAUAAAUCUUUGUGACAGUGCUGAAGUUACCUAAUUGCGAUCUACUUUAUGUUUUCGUUUUAAUCGUGUACGCUUUAUAUAUUUAGAUGAAUUCAUGCAUACAUCAGUGUUAAAAUAUCUAAUUAGUAAUUCAUAAUCUUUUGUGUAAAUCCGAAGAAAUCAAACAACAAACAUGACUACAGACUCUGAAACAAAUUCACCAGAACGGAAAAAGCCAAAGAGAAAAUCUAAAUCGCCCUCUUCUCCUACUGACAAAAAUCAUAAAGGCAACCAUUCCCCUGAUCCAGAAAAACAGAAAUCCAAAGACAAACAGCAUAGGAAGAAAAGAUCCGAUAGAUCAAGAUCUAGAGAUCGAAGGGAAAAACGGUCUAGAAGAUAUGAAUCAGAUAAAGAUACAUUCCGUGACGAAAAUACUAGACGUGAGAACAAUGAUUACUAUUGGAAUAAAUAUCCAAAGAAGGACGGUAAACGGAAUUAUGAAUCCGAAGCCAAACGGUCGGAAAAAAGGGAGACAGAUGCCACCAAGCAGAAUGAAGAUAAAUCUAUAAUUAAACCACGUGAAAGAAAGACGGUGGACUUGCUGACUUCUAGAACAGGCGGUGCUUAUAUACCACCCGCCAAAUUGCGUAUGAUGCAAGAGAAUAUCACUGACAAGUCCUCCGCAGCAUAUCAACGAAUUGCUUGGGAAGCCCUAAAGAAAUCUGUCCACGGUUACAUAAAUAAAGUGAACACCUCAAACAUCGGCAUUAUCGCAAGGGAAUUGCUACACGAGAACAUCGUCAGAGGAAGAGGGCUACUCUGCAAAUCCAUAAUUCAAGCCCAAGCGGCCUCUCCCACGUUUACAAAUGUCUACGCCGCUUUAGUAGCAGUCAUAAACUCCAAAUUUCCUAGCAUAGGAGAAUUACUACUUAAAAGGUUAGUACUUCAGUUCAAGAGGGGGUUUAAGCAAAAUAAUAAAAUCAUCUGCAUAUCAGCAGCCACGUUUAUCGCGCAUCUCGUUAACCAGAGAGUAGCACAUGAAAUUUUGGCCUUGGAGAUUCUUACACUUCUCGUAGAGACUCCCACGGACGAUUCUGUUGAGGUGGCCAUUUCGUUUUUGAAGGAAAGUGGCCAGAAAUUGACGGAAGUAUCAAGCAGAGGUAUAAAUGCUAUUUUUGAAAUGCUGCGCAACAUCCUUCACGAGGGGCAGCUAGAGAAGAGGAUACAGUACAUGAUUGAGGUUAUGUUUCAAAUAAGAAAAGACGGAUUUAAAGAUCACGCUGCCGUUACUGAAGAUUUGGACGUUGUCGAGGAGGAAGACCAGUUUACUCACUUGAUAACGUUGGAUGAUGUAAAACAAGUCAAUGCGGAGGACGUUUUGAACGUUUUCAAGUUCGAUGAAAAUUACGAGGAGAACGAAGGCAAGUACAAGACCCUCAGCAAGGAGAUUUUGCAGAGCGACAGUGAAUCCGGAUCAGGAUCGGAUGAUUCAGACGGAGACUCGGACGACGAAGGGGACGAAGAAGAAGAGGAGGGAAAAGAGGAAUCGAAAAUCAUAGACAACACCGAAACGAACUUGAUUACACUUAGGAGAACGAUUUAUCUGACAAUUCAAUCGAGCUUGGACUUUGAGGAAUGCGCCCAUAAAUUACUGAAGAUGGAGUUGAAACCUGGACAGGAAAUAGAACUGUGCCACAUGUUCCUAGAUUGCUGCGCGGAACAACGAACCUACGAGAAAUUCUACGGCCUACUGGCCCAAAGAUUCUGCCAGAUCAACAAGACCUAUGUGGAGCCCUUCCAGCAAAUCUUCAAGGACACGUACGCCACCACCCACCGCCUGGACGCCAACAGGCUACGGAACGUUAGCAAGUUCUUCGCGCACCUGCUCUUCACGGACGCCAUCGGCUGGGAGGUGCUGGAGAUCAUGAAGCUGAACGAGGAGGACACAAACAGCUCCAGCAGGAUAUUCAUCAAGAUCCUCUUCCAGGAACUCUCCGAGUACAUGGGGCUCGGCAAGCUGAACGCCAGGCUGAAGGACCCAACGUUCCAGGAACAUUUCGCCGGGUUGUUUCCGAGAGAUAGUCCCAAGAAUACGAGGUUUUCUAUCAACUUCUUUACGUCUAUCGGGUUGGGCGGUUUGACGGAUGAACUUCGGGAACACUUGAAGAAUAUCCCGAAGAAUUUCGAGUUGAACAUCGGCAUUGCUAAGGAGAGUGGCAGUAGUUCUAAUUCGUCUAGUGAGUCCAGCGAGGCGGAGGAAAGUUCAGACUCAUCGUCCAGUUCAGAGGAAGAGAAUCAGAAAAAGAAAAAGAAGAGGAAAGACAAAAAUGGGCCCAAAGGUGCCAAGCGCGCGAAGAAGCAGAAAGCGUCGGAUUCGUCAGGGGAAGAGGAACCUAGUCGGAAUAAAAACAAAAAGAAAAACAAACCUUCAGAUAUGGAGGAAGAUCAGAGGAGGGUUAGAAGAAAUCGCGACGAAGACGGCGAAGAAAGGAGAAGAAGGGACUACGAGGGUUGGGAGGAGAGGAGGAGAAGGGAUCGCGAAGCUGGCGGAAGUAAAUAUGAAGAACGGGGCAGACACAAGGACGAGCCCAAGACUUCGGAGAAAUCGUCGAGGAGGCGAUCGAGAAGCUAUGAUACCGGUAGGAACAAGGAGAGAUACCGGAGGGACAAGGAGAAGAGGGAGAGAAGGAAAAGUUGAUCGAAUCCAUGUAUUUUGUAAGGGGGUGUAAUUGUUGCUAGAUGUUAAGGUAAAAUGUUUUUUUUUUUUUUUUAA